AUGGAUCGCAAAAUCCCUGACUUUGCUGGCACCUGGGAGAUGAAGAGCUCUGAGAACUUUGAAGAGCUGUUGAAAACGUUGGGGGUCAAUGUGAUGCUGCGUAUGAUCGCGGUGAAGGCUGCGUCCAAACCGCUGGUGGAGAUCACACAGGACGGAGAAACACUGUCCAUUAAGACAUCCACCACCGUGCGGACCACCCACAUCACCUUCACCGUGGGACAGGAGUUCAACGAGGCUACGGUGGACGGACGCCCCUGCACGAGUUUCCCGCGCUGGGAGACAGACAGUAAAAUCAGCUGUGAUCAGACGCUGGUGAAAGGGGAUGGGCCAAAGACGUCAUGGACACGAGAGCUCACCAAUGAAGGAAAGCUCAUUUUGACCAUGAGAGCGGACGACACCAUAUGCACACGAGUCUACGAGAGACAAUGA